CCGUUCUCCAGCUUGACGGCAGUCAGACUCGGGGAAUGUACCUUAGCUGUCCUGCCAAGUUUUCUGCUACACAUUUUCAACUGCUGGGGAAUUGAGACACCAGCACACACGUCUGUGACGGAGUGAAAGGAAAAAGUGAGGAACAAAAAGGUUUGUGUUCCAGAACAUCUACAUCUCAGCCUCAACAGAACCCCUUUAUCGUGUGGUUUAAAUGCGGGACAACAUCACCGACCUGCAGACCUCCUUUACCAUCUUCCUGCCACCAUGUCCUAGCCGUCAGUAGCGCACCUCCCUUCCUCGACCAUCUUGCCCCUUAAACCCUACUCCUUCUUUCCAUCUUCCUUUCCCUCACCAUCCCCCUUCUCCUCUCCCGAUGUGGUGAUUUCCGGUCAUAGCACCAGCGGCGCCCCUUCUGGCGUGAUGAGCAGCCUGCACCAGCAGCAUCAUGGCAGCACAGGCUCAGAGCGAGACCUUCACUCUGCUGCCUCUUCUGUUAGCCUCCCUUCAGUUAGAAAGACCCCCAAGAAACGGCGCCUGUCCCUCCACUCGCUCUUCGGACGACGCCGCCGGCCCGACCGCGACCCCAAACGCAAGUCGAGGCCUCUGCAGGCCAGCGCCGGAGUGGACGGCAUCGUCAGCAUUGAAAGCGUGCAGUCAGAGACUUUCCAUGACAAAACUUCAACCAACUCUCCGUUGGACGUAGCGUCGACUUCAUCGGGCCCGGAGUCUUCAUCAGAGCUGCUGGAGUGCCCACUGUGCCUACUGCGCCACACACGCGAGCGCUUCCCCGACAUCAUGACCUGUCACCACCGCUCCUGCGCCGACUGCCUGCGACAGUACCUGCGCAUCGAGAUCUCCGAGUCCCGCGUCAACAUCAGCUGCCCCGAGUGCUCGGAGCGCUUCAAUCCCCACGACAUCCGCAUGAUCCUGGGAGACCGAGUCCUCAUGGAGAAGUACGAGGAGUUCAUGCUGAGGAGGUGGCUGGUGGCUGAGCCUGACUGCCGCUGGUGCCCUGCCCCUGACUGCGGUUACGCAGUCAUUGCGUUCGGCUGUGCCAGCUGCCCAAAGAUCACCUGUGGGCGUGAGGGCUGCGGGACAGAGUUCUGCUAUCACUGCAAACAGCUGUGGCAUCCAAACCAGACGUGCGACACGGCACGGCAGCAGAGGGCCCAGAACCUCCGGCUGAGGAGUUUCAGGUCGUCCUCCCUCAGCUACAGCCAAGAGAGCGGCGCAGCGGGUGAUGACAUCAAGCCGUGCCCUCGCUGUGCUGCCUACAUCAUCAAGAUGAAUGAUGGGAGCUGUAAUCAUAUGACCUGUGCCGUCUGCGGCUGUGAGUUCUGUUGGCUCUGCAUGAAGGAGAUCUCUGACCUUCACUACUUAAGUCCGUCAGGCUGCACCUUCUGGGGGAAGAAACCCUGGAGCAGAAAGAAGAAGAUUCUGUGGCAGCUUGGCACGUUGGUGGGUGCGCCGGUGGGCAUUGCCCUCAUUGCUGGCAUAGCCAUCCCCGCUAUGAUCAUUGGCAUCCCAGUCUAUGUGGGCAGAAAGAUCCAUAACCGCUACGAAGGCAAGGACAUCUCCAAGCACAAGAGAAACUUGGUGAUAGCUGGAGGUGUGACGCUCUCUGUGAUUGUGUCGCCUGUGGUCGCUGCAGUCACCGUCGGUAUCGGUGUUCCCAUCAUGCUUGCUUACGUCUACGGAGUUGUUCCGAUCUCCCUGUGCCGCAGCGGAGGUUGUGGAGUCUCUGCUGGGAAUGGCAAAGGGGUGCGAAUCGAGUUUGAUGACGAAAAUGACAACAUAGGGAGUGGGGCAGCAGCCACAGACACGACCUCUGUGGCAGAGACUCGGCUCAACAACCCCAGCCUCGGAGACGGAGCGAGCGUGGGCGGUCUGACGGGCCUGAGCCUCAGCGUCAGCGGGAGCCACAUGGAGCGCUGCGGCGUGAGUUCGGCUCAGCGGGACAACAUGAGCGACAACGCCAGCACCACGGCCCUCGCUGGGACCAGCAUCACUGGCAGCCUGUCUGGCAGCUGCUACAACCGGAUGGAAGUGCAGGCUGAUGUCCAGAAGGAACGCUGUAGUCUGAGCGGGGAGUCGGCCACCGUCAGUCUGGGCACAAUAAGUGACAACGCGAGCACAAAAGCCAUGGCAGGAUCCAUCCUCAAUGCCUACAUGCCUCUUGAAAGAGACAACAGUCUGGAGGUGCAGGUAGACGUGGAGUCCAAACAGGAGAAGGUGAGACACGGCAGCGCCAGCAGCAGCCUGGAUGAAGCCAGCUGUAGCAGCAGCACCGCCGGCCUCAAAGGAGCCAGCGGUGGCACCUGCUCAUGUCCCUCCACCUGCUGCUGUGCUCACCACAACAACCACUGCUGCCCCUCAUCGCCUUGGUCAAAGGACCCAUCCACUUCGGGGGGCAAAAAGAGCAAAGGCAAGCUUUGGAAACGAGCGAGCAGCAGCAAGGGAGACGCAAAAAAUAGCGAAACACAAGGCGAUGUGGAUGCUCAGCUCCUGGAGCAGCGCAGCACCAACUCCUCCGAGUUCGAUUCACCGUCCCUGAGCGGCAGCCUUCCCUCGGUGGCCGACUCGCACUGUAGCCACUUUUCAUCCGAGCUCAGCUGUUCCGACCCUGAAACCUCAAGACCGGCUCAAGCAGCCUGCUCUUCCCUGAUGGACCCCCACCCUCUUCACACCACCAGCACCUUCAACGAUGUCACCAUCGCGCCCAUGCCCGAGGUGGAGAACGACCGCCUGGAGCAUUUCCCACCCCAGAGCAGCCACGCAGCCUUCACCCACCGCCUGCUGUCUUCGUCGCCCCCUGCUUCACCAGAAGAGGGAAGUAGUGGGACAUUUCUAUACAUCAGCGAGGAGGGUGUAGGCGACACUGCAGAAAGAGAGCCGGAGAAGGACGAGAACAUUAAAGAGACCACCAACAACACUGCUGCACAGCCUGUAAGCCCGAGAAGGAAGCGCUGUAUACAAACAGACAUCUAAAGGAACUCUUCGGUCCUUCCGCUGUGUUACCACUCCAAGCACAGUUAGCCUUACCAGCUAAUUUCACUCGAGUGAAGCCCCGAGAAAGUGGGGAUCAGGGUUGAGGCUCUAAAUUUAAUUACAAUUUUAGACUGCUGUUAAAGCAGCAUUAUCAUGUGAAUGUCAGUGUGUACGGAGAGGGUCGAGGUCUACGUCGGAGAAAGAAUUCUGGUUAAAGUAAGCAGGAGCACAGUUAAGUCAGAGAUCAUUUGGUUCUGUGAUGUUCGAAGUUUCAGACAGUUGUUAAAGCUGGAGCAGCAAGUUUUACCGUAAGUAGAGUUGAAUGUCCACGGACGAGUGUAGAACAGGUUAUCGGUGUGGUCAGAUAGCGCAGAAGGCCCGUCCAGCUGUUAUGAAGAUCUGCAAAGUAUCCAUCUAUACUCCUGAUGUCCCCAAAUUCCUUAUAAAGAGCAGGACUGAGAAAGCUGGAUAGGAGCAAGCAUAGGAUUCUUUCUAAUACUAAAAUUGAGCUGCUAUUCUAAAAACCGAUUCUCCUUCAUCACAUUUGCAAAAAUCUGUUUGUCUUCUGGUUUCGCAUGAAUCAGAGGGACAGGUCAUCACUGUGGUCCACCGCUGUGCCACCAGCUCACUCUGUGAUUUCUUAAAAUGGAGAAACACCACAGCUAAAGGAUUGUCGAAGCGUCUGUCGAGCACACAGACCCAAGAGGGACCAGUUUAUACAGUAGCACAGUUUAUUUUCCAUAAUCAUAUAUAAGAAAAAUUAUUAUGGUUGCUUUUUGUUUCAAAUGUGACUUUUGUGCUAUGUGUUUGCUUAUUUUUAUUUUCCAUUUUGGGAAAGUUGGUUUUAAUGUUGAAGCCCUGUGUUGGGUCCAACCUUUUUAGUAGAACUGGGUGGGAGGAGAGUUGACAAAAAGUAGCCCUUCUUUCUUUUUAAAUAUUGUGGAUUUAGAUCAGCUGUAGUAAUUACUUCAUCACCACCUUCCUGUCUGCACUGGUAGUUUUUUUGUUUGUGGUUGCACCUGUGCAGAGGUAAGAGUUUUUUAGUGGAAUCGUGAGAGGUGUGUUCAAGAAAGGGAACGUAAGUUAUUCUUUUAGAAAUGCAAAAAAAACAAAGGAAAAAAAAGCAGCAAAGCCCAGUUUUUAAAUAUAAACCUGUAGCAUUUCUUACUAAUUACAGGGCUUGCUUUAGUAAUCAGCCAGUAAUGCUGGAAAGUCAACCAAACAAUGUAUUUGCAAUAAAAAAAACAAAAGAAGCUUUCAAGUAGCUAUAUAAUAAGAGCAAAUGUGUCCCGUCAGGAAACACAUCAACUUUAUAUCAAAAAUGACUUUGUCGUGCAAUGAGAGGCUCCUCUUGUAUAUCCGAGCACAUACGUCUCGUUCAUUAUUCAGUAGUGAAUGUACAGUAAUAAUGUUCAAUUGUUGAUUCUCCCUCAGUAAUAUCCAAAUCAAAAUCUUAUUUUUGAUUCAGAGCUUUGGGUGUAUUUUAACUACAAAAUGUUUUGAGGUCGUUUCUUAAAUCCUCACAAAUGAUUGAUGCAGAUAAUUUUGUAUUUGUUGAACCUACAGUGCCUUUUGGAGGAAAAUUCCUUUGUAUAGUGAUUUUUUUUUAAUUUCUUUCCUCUGUGUGUCUUUAAAUGAUAAAAAUAAUAAUAAAAUUGAUCAUAUUUGCGGGAUAGGCUCCAGCCCCCCCGCAACCCUAGUGAGGAUUAAGCGGUGUAUAGAUAAUGGGUGGGUGAGGGGAUUAUAUUUGCCUCGUAAAAGGCUUGAAAUGCAAGAAAACUUGAUGAUAAAACCUCCCCCAUCCCUGAGCGCUAACGCUAACUGUCACACUAGCUGGUUUAGCUUACCAAAGACUGCUCUCAGGCCACUGCGGUUGACACUUGACAGAACUGUUAAUAGAGUUGGCAGUAACUGAAUAAGUUUCUUUUUAAAAAAAAAAAAAGUACUUCAACACAUGAGAUGGUUCAGUCUGGUAUUUGGGGUAAUAUGUUAAACCAAAACAGUCCUCUUUAAGAAUUGUUAAAUGUUCCCCUGAAGUAGCCAAAGUUUGUAGAGUUUAUGUGCUCAAGGACAAGUAAUCAGCACAUGUUAGCAAUAAAAACCCCUUUUUAUUGUAAGCAGUCAGCAGUGACAGUGAGGCUGCAUCUUGUGUUCGGCAGCUGGAGUGAAUUUUCAGCGUGACCGCAGAUCGCUGUGCUGCGACGUCAGCCAGCCGAGCUCACCACGAGCCGGUCAUCGCAGUAACUGUGGUGUCAACUAAAAGACACUUCUGCUGCACCUCAAAAGCCUCCAGCUGCAGGAUACAUUCCCGCCCUUCUUACGUACCGUCUGUUAAAAAAUGCCUGUAUAAUUCCUCUGAGUUUAUAUCACUAUUUGAAGGCUAGUGCCAGGUCUACUUUCUAAUUUGGUCAAAAGAAGCUUAUGCUAUUUGAAAACGUAUAUAUUUCCUAAUUAUUUGCUUCAUAAUGUGCAUGUAAAUGCAUAUCUUUAAACAAAUAAACAUUUUCAAACAA